AUGAUUUCCGUUCUCCUCCUUUCUGCCCUGAAGCCUUCCGCCAACGCCUGGGAUCUCACUAUCAACUACAUCAGCUUUCCUGCUGUCACCUAUACUGGUAGCGGUAAUGUCGGCUGCCAAAAUGUCACUCGCUAUGCGGCAGUCGACAACUUUACAUUGGACGCCACGGAACCACAUAUCGCAUACCUGUAUCGCGACGAGGGCUGUCGUGAGAGCGUGGCAGCUGGCAGCCUCGGGACUCAUUCAGUUAAUGGAGAGUGCGGGUGUAAGCAUUGGUAUCCGGGCGGGUUCUGUAAAGGGAAUGAAGCCAGUGAGUGA